GUGGCAGAGCUGAGGAAGAGAUGCCACGCCCUCUCGCAGCUGGGCCAAUCAGAAGACUACAUUCACUGCAUCAAGGCUUACUCCGCCCUCUCCAGCCCUUCUCCACCAAUCAGGGACUGGCCUGGUCUGGGCCUGACCUCUGACCCGGCCAUGGGGGCGGUGUACAGCUCCCUCUCCUCCACACUCGACACCUUCAGGCAAGAUCUGAAGAGGAUGGAGGAGAUAGGUUUUCCACUUGAAGCCUCUGUUCUACGGCGGGAACCCAAAGUCAAGAGGAUUCAGGAGUAUGCAGUGGAAGUUACCCUGGACUCAAACACCGCCCACCCCAGGCUCAUCCUAUCAGAGGACAGGAAAAUGGUGAAGUGUGGGGACAGACUGCAGAUGCUACCAGACAACCCAGAGAGGUUUGACAGGGUGGUGUGUGUGCUGGGUCAGGAGGCGUUCUCCUCGGGACGCUACUACUGGGAGGUGGAGGUUGGUGGGAAAACAGACUGGGAUUUGGGCGUGGCCAGCCAGUCUAUAAACAGGAAGGGGAAGGUGGAGGUUACCCCUAGCAACGGCUACUGGUUCCUGUCGCUAAGAGACAAGAACAAGUACUCUGUCCGCACAGAGCUGCCUGCAGAGCUGCCCCAGAAGAUCGGAGUCUUCCUGGACUACGACAAGGGACAAGUGUCAUUCUUCAACGUGGAGGCGAAGCAGCACAUCUACACCUUCAUGGACUCGUUCAGCGAGAGCGUGUUCCCCUUCUUCUCUCCCUGCUCCAACAAGUCUGGCAGGAACCAGGGACCCCUCAUCAUCAGCCCCCUGGGCCUGGCCAGCUGAACCAGGGACCCCUCAUCAUCACCCCCUGGGGCUGGCCAGCUGAGACUCACACACACACACACUCUCACACACAUUCACUCACACACACACACACACACAUACUCACACACUCACUCACUUACACACACUCAGUCACACACACACCCUCACACACAUUCACUCACACAUAUACUCACACACACACUCCCACACACACAGACACUCACUCUCACACUCACACUCACACACUACUACAGAAACACACACACACUGUAGUAUGGACCACUACACACACACACUGUAGUAUGGACCACUACACACACACACUGUAGUAUGGACCACUACACAUACUUUAUAUUCCCACAAGGAGUCUGAACUGGAGAUGACUGGUGAACACAGCGUCCGGGAGUCAAACCCAGGCCAGCAGCUGGUGACAUCACAUCACUGAUGACAUCACAUCACUGAUGACAUCACAUCACUGAUGACAUCACCUCCCUGUCCUCUCUCCUCGCCAGCUCUUCCAGCUGGAUGAAGUCAUUAUUAAGAUCUGUGUUCUUGUCGGUGUUCUGAUUCUCAAUCCCAUGGUGGCACCUGUCCUUCAUACUAACACACAUAUUCCUAAAUCGUCUCAAUCUCUCUUUGAAAACUUCUGUUGGAAACGGACUCCAUUACCCAGCCGCCCCUCUGUCCCCUCAUGUGCUGUUCAGACCAACAUUAUCACAGAGCCUUCCUGCGCUGAUCCUUCAAGAAGCACGAAGGCCAACCAACAAUCACCUUUGUAUUUUGAAAUUGUAUUCAAUAAAAUGUUUUUGUAGUAGUUUAAAGAAACGGUCUGAUUGUGUUGUUUUACAUAAUAGACUGUCCCACAUCCUUAUAGAAGGUGUGUGUGUUAUCCUGUCGUAAACUAGACAGUGAUGUCUCAGAGUAC